GUUGAGGGCAGUUGUCAAGAAAGUAGUAGACUUAGUCCGAUGAUGGCUGCCAACGAUGUUGUGAUCUUGCAGUCACCAGUUGAUAUAGACAAUAAGAGUCAUGUCAUAUCACUAACACCCACUCAGAUCAUUGUCGAAGGAUGUUGGCGAGCCCCUGGAGAUGAUUCCACUACCCCAGAACCCGUCUUUCGUCGCCUAAAUAACCUUCUGGAGCUCCAGGAAGUGAUCGGGGUACAGCUGGAGCAGCAGAAUGUCAACAAAGAUCGCUUCAAGCGGAAAGAUGGCACCAAGGUCUACCUAUGCAUCGAGAUGCAGCAGAUGCAUUCCAAUGCGUUCUGUGUGUACUAUGUCAAGCGCCAGACCAAACAUCGGUGGCGCCACAAGAAGAUGGUGUUCAACUGCAAGGACCACAGCACAGCACAGAUGUGGGUGGACAAGAUUCUGUAUCUACUUCAGGGACCAGAAUUCCAUAGACCAAAGAAGCUGUUGGUGUUCGUGAACCCUUUUGGGGGUCGCAAGAAGGGCCCAUCUGUGUACAACAGCAAGGUGGCGCCACUGUUUGAACUGGCAGGGAUCAGCACGGAAGUCAUCAUGACAGAGAGGCAGAACCAUGCCAAGGAGGUCCUCCAGGACUACAACCUGGAGUCCAUAGACGGGGUGGUGUGUGUUGGUGGUGACGGUACAUUCUCCGAGGUGCUGAAUGGUCUGCUUGACAGAUCAUCGAAAGAAGGAGGGGUCAAUCAGGAGACUCACCACCAUCCCAUACAGCCAAAACUUCGGGUCGGAAUCAUUCCUGCAGGGUCAACAGACGCUAUUGUCUAUACCAGUGUUGGAAUCAAUGACCCAAUAACGUCAGCAAUACAAAUCAUUAUAGGGGAUUCUGUUGGCAUGGAUGUGUGUGCACUGUACAACAGGAACCAGUUUAUCAAGUACAGUGUGUCCAUGAUUGCCUAUGGUUACUAUGGCGACCUCCUAGAAGACAGUAUGGGGCUCCGUUGGAUGGGACCGGCCAGGUACAACUGGUGUGGUUUUAAGAAGUUUCUUGCCAACAACUCUUACGAAGGGGAAGUGUCCUUCCUGUUGUCUGCGGAAAGUGAGAGUCAUCCUCGUGAUGGGACCAGGUGUAAUGCAGGGUGUAAUAUGUGUGCCAAAGCAUCAGAACGGAACAGAGAACACAGCACGUCAGGUGUCACUCGGCCAUUUUCUCCAGUAGGGGCCGAUGGCUGGCAUAAAGUGCGUGGCAAGUUUCUCGGCAUCAACUCAUUCAGUAUGAGCUGUCGCACUGCCAUGACGCCAGAGGGGGUGUCUCCAGCGACACAUCUCGGAGAUGGCUGUCUCGACCUCUGCAUCAUCUACAACUGUUCCCGAAUCGACUUCCUCCGACAUUUACAUCGGUGUGCUGACAAACAGGCAGACCAGUUUGACUUCAGCUUCAUCCAGGUGUACCGAGUCAAAGAGUUCCGAUUCCAGCCUCUUUUUGAGUCAGAUGUGGAGGAAGCGGAGGAAGCGACAUCCUCGGCCUCAAGCACUGUCGUAAGGAAUCGUCUCGGUCACAAACAGCUCAAGUCCCCCCACAACAGUGUGUGGAACAUUGACGGCGAGCUCGUCACGUCGCCAGAUCUUCAUGUCAGGGUACACACACAACUCAUCUCCCUGUUUGCUAGAGGCGUGGAGAAGAUAGGCAAAGACCCGGUGCUCAACUGUCCUCCAUGCUGCACCAGUUGUGAAUAGUGAAUACGUGAAUAUGUGAAUGGUGAAUGCUUGAACAUUCUCUGGAAACACACAUCAUAUGAAGAUGGCCAAGACAUCAUCUGAGCCUGGAACAGAUAUCACAUUGGCGUGAGAUGUGGUUUUAGCAGAUGUCAUCCGAGCUGUUGAUUUGUUUUGACAAACAUAACAUGAACAUAAGUUGGGAUGUUGUUCACAUAAAUUACUUGAGCUUGUGAUAUGGUUAUUUACAGAUAUCAUGUAAGCUUGCGAAAUCAGUUAGCAACAGAUAUCACUUAAGUUUGGGAUAUGGUUAGCAACAGAUAUCACUUAAGUUUGGGAUAUGUUUGUCAGCAGAUGUGAUAUGAGCUAUUUAUUUCAACAGAUAUCACAUGAACUAUCGAUAACAACAGAUAUGCCAUGAGUUAUCAAAAUGAACAGCUGUAGACAUUAACAUAUAUAUCAUGAACUAUGGAUAUCAACAGAUAUCACAGGAGCUAAAGAUAUCAACAGAUAUAUCAUGAGCUGUAGACAUCAACAGAUAUCUCUAUAACUAUGGAUAACAACAGAUAUCACAGGAGCUGUGGUUAUCAACAUUUAUCUCAUGAGCUAUGGAUAUCAAUAGUUGGGAUAUAGCAAUGGUGUCCUUCAAAUGCACAUUGACAAAUGUAUAGUAACAAUACGACUGCAAUGGCAGCUUAUUAUUUUACAAUAACUACAAAUUACCUUCUAGUAAAUCAACUUGACAGAAAACUAAACGUCAGUUUGGUACCAUGGAUUAGUCUAGAGUAACAUUAGUUGCAUGGAAAAUAUCUUCAAAAUGUUGAAGCUUGUGAGCUUGUUUGGAUAAAUAUUUUACAACUGAAAUGAUGGCCAUGAAAAAUGAAUGCAGCCAUUCCGAGCAUUGAUGUUUAGAAAUAGUGAAUUAAAUGACAUACCUUGAGAAAAUGAUCGAGAUAUGUUCAAGUUUAACAUGUUAGGUUAUCAAGUCAUGAAUAUUGAUAUAAUAAUAAUUAUUAUUAUAAUACAGAUUUUACUGAUGAAGAUGAAGGAGACACAUAAUAUGGUGUUGGGAUAACAGUAUGCAGCAUUAGUACUAGACAUGAUGAUUUGGGAUACAAAAAUCUGAUUGUAUACUGUAGUGAGUUUUGCAUUUAUUAAUGAACAUAGGCAUUUUUCCGUUGAUUGUUUUAUUGUUGAGUUGAUUUUCUUAUUUGUCUGCUGUUUAUGUUUUUUCAAUGUGCAGUUGUUUGUACAAAUGUUAUAUCUCGCAUGGGAAGUUGCAAAAGAACAAGAUCAUGUUUUCCCAUAAACUGAUUAUUAUCUAAAUGGCAAUCACAAAUAUUGCUUCCAAAGUAGGUAUCAUAUAGUGUACAUGGGAUAUGAGCUGCUUCUUCUUCUGUUCUUUUGGUAGUGUGGGUUUUUUUUCGAUGAAAAGAUUUUUUGGGUUCCAGGCCUGAUUUUGGUGCUAAUACUGCAGCUUGGCAACACUGUCUUAUUUCAGUACAGUUAGUGCUUAGAAUACAAGGUCCCAAUCCACAAAACGUUCGUAGAGCUACGACUUUUGUAAGCCUAUGAUAAACUAUAGAGUUACGUCAGGUUGUAACGUUACAAAUUCUUUGUGGAUUGGGACCCAGAACAUUCAUUAGUAUGCUAGCUGCUAACUUGUUUUUUAACAUAUUGAAAAGUUGAGUAGAUCAUCCUCAGUCCACAGGGGAAAUUGUGAAGUAGGAUGAAUAUCCAGGAGGGAUUAGACCAAGUUUUUUUGUAGAUUCCCGAGCCUAGUCAUAAUCAACUAUGCAGAUAAUGAUUUCUUGACACCAGCACAUGUGUAUCCUUGCAAGUUAUGUUAUGAAUAACAUGAAACAGGAAAACUAUUUAGCAUUAUGUGUGUGUGUGCGUGCGUGUGUGUCAGAAUUCAAUUCUUUUUGUUGUUGGAAAAAGGUCAGUUGUUAAAUAUCAAAUAUCAAUGCAAGAGAGAGAAACUAAACAUGUAUUUACUCUAGCAAUUAUCAGUAAUAUCAGUUACAAAGGUAUUUAGAUGAUAUUUUAUGAUAUGUGCCAUUGAUAUUCAAUUCAGGGUUGGAGUAAUGUUAUUAGUUGCAUGGAAAACAUCUUUCAAAUUGUUGAAGCUUGUGAGAGCUUGUUUGGAUAAAUAUUUUACAUGAUGACCAUGUUCCAUUAUUGAAUGUUAAAUAAGGACACAUAUUCAUCUCUAAACAUGACAUUUACUUCAUACAUCAGGAAAUAUGAAGGUCGUUUGAUGCUGGUAUCAUCUCGUCAUGAAGGACGAUAUUUGUUGAGUAUGUCUUCAUGGCCUUGAGGGUACAAUUUAGAAACAUGUUAUCGUGUUAAAGAUAUCCUAAUAUACACAAGAUAUCAUGGAAAGAUUUGUCUGUACAUGGAGGAAUUUGAUUGGAUAAUUUUCACAAAUUAUUUUCUCUUCAUCAUUUAUGAAACAAAACAUUGAACUGUAGUGUUUUUUUGUUUGUUUUAAAUCUUAAUCAUUGUAUCAAAGUACUGAUUUGAGCAACAUCAAAACUGAAUGAUUUAGUGUUUGGUAGAAAUUGUAGGUGUGUGAAAUUAUGAUUGGGGUCAAGGAAUUUGAUAAUUGUUUUUUGUGUGUAAAAUACGAGCCUGGUUUUAGACAAGUAUCAAAUCUGUUAUUGAAUUUCCUGUUACGGUAGGCAAGUAUUUUAUGCAGGAAUCAAUAAAUGUAAUUGUCUAUGAUUUCCUGUGUCCAAUGAAAUAGACAUAGCAGUCACCUUGACCUUUAAACUUCCUUCACUGUUCUACUGCAAAAUUCAUUAACUAUAUAGGGUACUCUCAUUUCUAAAUAUUGCAUCUCUAAAGAAUAUAAUGAUAGUUAAUUAUGGAUACAUGACAAGUCAGACAAACUUAGA